AGGCCGCAGCAUCCGCCCGGCGACGGAAGGGGCGGUCCCGGCCCCGCCAUGCCCGCCGUGCUGAGCGGGGGGCGGCUGCUGCUGCGGGGGUCCCGGCGGUGGUACCGGCCCCAUUUCGCCGAACGGCUGCGGCUUUUCGAGCGGCUGAAAGCGGACCGCGAGCAGCAGGAUGGCACCCACCAUGGAAGAGACCCCUCGGAGGGGACCCCCAUCCGUAUCUCGCUGCCCGGGGGUCGCCUCCUUCCCGGCCGGGCUCUGCAGAGCACCCCGCGCCACGUAGCCGAGCAAUUGGGGCGCCGCUCGGCGGUGCUGGCCCGGGUGAACGGGGAGCUGCGGGACCUGGAGCGGCCCCUGGAGAGCGACGUGGAGUUGGAGCUGCUCGACUUCACCGCGCCGGAGGGUCGCGAAGCUUUCUGGCAGUCCAGCGCCUUCAUCCUGGGAGCAGCAGUGGAGCAGUUCUAUGGAGCCACCAUCUGCAGUACUGUCGCCACUGAGGAUGGCUUCUUCUGCGAUGCCCACAUGGGUGACAGGACGGUGCAGCGCAGUGAGCUGCAGGUGCUGGAGGAUGCCUGCAUGGCCUUCAUCCGCUCCCAGCACCUCUUUGAGCGCCUCGAGGCCACUCGUGAGGAGCUGCUGGAGCUCUUCAAGCACAACAGCUUCCAGCUGCAGCGAAUUGAAGAGGAGGUGACGACCCCAACAGCCACUGUGUAUAGGUGUGGCCCAUUGCUCCAGCUGUGCCGUGGUCCCCUCCUCCCACACACGGGGCUGAUUGGGGCACUGCGCGUCCUGACCAGCUCAGCUGCGUUCUGGGAGAGCCCUUCAGGCCGCCUCUCGUUGCAGCGCAUCGCUGCCAUCGCCUUCCCCAGCACGCAGGAGCUGCAGGCCUGGCAGCAGGCACAGGAUGCAGCUGCACUCCGUGACCAUCGUCGCAUCGGGAAGGAGCAGGAACUCUUCUUCUUCCACGCCCUCAGCCCUGGCAGCUGCUUCUUCCUGCCCCGUGGUGCCCACAUUUACAACACCCUCAUUGACUUCAUCAGGAGCGAGUACCAGGCAAGGGGCUUCAGCGAGGUGGUGACCCCCAACAUCUUCAGCCCACGCCUCUGGGAGCUCUCAGGGCACUGGCAGCACUACAGCGCCAACAUGUUCUCCUUCACCGCUGGCACCGAGACGCUCUCACUCAAACCCAUGAACUGCCCGGCCCACUGCCUCAUGUUCACCCACCGGCCGCGAUCGUGGCGGGAGCUGCCUCUGCGCCUGGCUGACUUUGGGGUGCUGCAUCGCAAUGAGCCCCCUGGCUCCCUGACUGGGCUGACUCGCGUAAGGCGCUUCCAACAAGAUGAUGCUCACAUCUUCUGUACAAUGGAACAGGUGGGUGUCCCCCCUGUGUCCCCCCUGUAUCCCCCCUGUGUCCCCUGUUCCCCUGCUCACAGUGUUGUCCCACAGCUGGAGGCUGAGAUUGGUGCCUGCUUGGAUUUCGUGCGCUCCGUCUACGCCACGCUGGGUUUCUCCUUCCAAAUGGCUCUGGCCACACGCCCCGAUGGCUUCCUGGGGGAUGCUGCAACCUGGGACCGUGCUGAGCAGCAGUUGGAGAAGAGCCUCCAAGAUUUUGGGGAGCCCUGGGAGCUGAGUCAGGGUGACGGUGCUUUUUAUGGCCCCAAGAUCGAUAUCCGGAUCCAGGAUGCACUGGGGAGGCAUCAUCAGUGUGGCACCAUCCAGCUGGAUUUCCAGAUGCCCGAGAGGUUUGGGCUGGAGUAUGCCAGUGCAGCUGGAGGGAUGGCACGGCCGGUGCUGAUCCACCGCGCGGUGCUGGGCUCCGUGGAGCGCAUGGUGGCCGUGCUGGCCGAGAGCUGCGGCGGUAAAUGGCCGCUCUGGCUCUCCCCACUGCAGGCAAUGGUGAUCCCGCAGGCACCUGACACUGAGGGCUAUGCCCGCGAGGUCCAUGCCAUGCUGCGGCGGGACGGCGUGAUGGCUGACCUGGAUGCUGAUGCGGGUGCCACACUGGGCAGGAAGAUUCGCCGGGCACAACUCAACCACUACAACUUCCAGCUGGUGGUCGGCCGCAGGGAGCAGGAAAACUGCACCGUCAGCAUCCGCACGCGGGACAACCGGCAGCUGGGGGAGCACAACCUGCACCAGGUGCUGCAGCGGCUGCGGGAGCUGCGGGACACCCGCGUCCCCAACGCUGAGGAACUCUUUUGACCCCCCAUCCCCAUUACACACACCCCAUAUCCACUGUUUUCCCCCCCCCAUCCUCUCCACCACCACCACGCACUCAUUAAAGUGCUG